UCCAUCUAAAUACAACCUCAACCAUGGAUACAGUUGUACAGACUGUGAGGAAGGAGCUGCAAACUCACAGAUGGGAGCAGUUUGACAGCUCCAAAGAGCUAAAAGCAUGUGCUUCGUACUAGAGGACCCAGUCCUGCAGUGUGAUGAGCGUCUUUGGCAAAGUGUUGGCUUCUGCUCUCCCGUGUGUGUUGAGGUCCCGUCAGAGACGGAGGCUGUCCAGGGAACGCACAUGAAGCUACUCUGUAUCUCCUGCAUGAAGAGAGAGGAGGUUACCGCCACCACGCUGGUCGAGUGGUUCUAUCGGCCUGAAGGCGGGAGAGAUGAACUUAUCUAUGAGUACAGAAGAACCUACCAUGAAUUUCCAAGCCGUUUCAGUGGCCGGCUACAGUGGAAUGGGAGCAAAGACAUGCAGGAUGUGUCCAUUACCGUGCUAAAUGUGACCUUGAAUGAUUCGGGGAUCUACACCUGUAAUGUCACGCGGGAGUUUGAGUUUGAGAUUCACCGCCCACUCUUCAGAAGCUCGAGACUCAUCCACCUCACCGUGGUUGAGGAGGCUGGCGAUGACUUCACUUCAGUCAUCUCUGAAAUUAUGAUGUAUAUCCUUCUGGUCUUCCUCACCUUGUGGCUGCUGAUCGAAAUGGUCUAUUGCUACAGGAAGGUCUCCAAAGCAGAGGAAGCUACCCAGGAAAAUGCGACUGACUACCUCGCCAUUCCAUCAGAAAACAAGGAAAACUGUUCGGUGCCUGUGGAGGAGUAGCAAAGGGGAGAUGGUGGCAUGAUGCGCCACAAGGUAGGGGCUCUGAAGUUGGAAGGACCAUGCAAUUCCAGUCAGGUUUGGGGGAACCCUACAGCAUCAGGAGGAAAUGAGGGAAAGUGUAAAAAUCCCUUCUAUUUGCCUUGGACUUUAUACAGCCUUGACAUCAGCUUCAUGAUUCCAUCCUGAGCUGCCAGCCUGUUUGCUAAAGGACUCUCCUUUGAAGCAUGCUGAGCAAAGGGCAUGGGGGUAUGGGCAGCACGGCUCCUUCCCAAGUUUCAGCCCCCACCUCACCCUAAUGGCUCUGUAAAUAUCGGUGUCAUUUCUCACCCCCCUCCACAUUCUCCUUUGUUUGCAAACGAUGCUAAUCCUGCCUGGGAGCUUAGUGGUGUGUCACAUUGCUCUGCCCUGUGUGACCUGGAGAGGGGUCAUCUUAGUACAAUGCUCAGCCAUUUAGUAAAGCAAACUUAGACACUAGAGUAUCCCAACCCUGCA